UCAUAAUUGAAAAUGCAGACUAUCAAGAACACAAUUGCAGAGAACUUCGGCGGGCCUGCUCACGAGCUCGCCGAACACAAGUUCGAACUGGACCAGGUUCCCGAUCUUAGCGGUAAAGUAGCCGUUGUGACCGGAGGCAGUGAAGGUAUCGGUUUUGGGUGUACACACACACUCCUGUCCAAGAACAUUUCUAAGCUCUUCGUGACAUCGCUCAGAAAGGAGGUGGCAGACGACGCAUUAGCGGCCAUCGAAGAGGAGUUUGGACCGGAGAAACGCAAACGGUUCAUCUGGAUCCAAUGCGACCUCUCGGAUUGGGAGCAGACGGCCAAGGUGGCUGCCGAGAUCGCAUCGCAGACGGACCGUAUCGACAUUCUCAUCAACAAUGCGGGCCGCGGCAUCAUGAGCCGUCAAUUGGCGCCCACCAACGGUAUUGAUCAGCAUAUGGCAACCAAUCAUAUGGGUCAUGUUGUCUUGACUUCACAUUUGCUGCCGACCCUGAAGAAGACAGCCGAUGCGGGCAAUACGGUCCGCAUCGUCAAUCUCUCAUCAAACGUUCAUAGUAGUGCACCCUCGGACACAGAAUUCGCCUCCAUCGAGGAGCUGAACAAGGACUAUGGUCCCAAUGCACUGUACGGUCGAAGCAAGCUUGCCAACCUCUUGCAUGCCAAAUGGUUAAAUGAACAUCUGAAAUCCACGCACCCCAACAUUCUGGUCAAUGCCACACACCCGGGAGUGGUUGAUACAGCGCAGACCAAUGUCCACAUUCAUGAAGCAUACCCUCUGCUGGGUUACGGCAUGUCGAUUGGUCUCAAGCCUUUCCGCAAAGACCAAUUCCAGGGCGCAGUGUCAACUAUGUACGCGGCCACAGUCGCAACGAAGGGAGGACAGUUUAUCACCCCGCCAUGCAUUGUGGAAAAGGGCAGCGACAAGGCCAACGACAUGCAGCUGGCCGACAGACUUAUGAAGCUGACGGCUGAGGUUGUUGAGAAGAAAACCCGACCCGAGAGUAGUGCCAAAGGAUGUCCUUUCAAGGAGGACUAA